UAACUUUCAGUACACUGGCAACCAUGGCGGCGGAAGGUAGUGCUAAUUUUACGGACGAACAGAUUGAAGAGCUCUGUGAGACGUUCAAAACGAUUGACCGCGAUGGCAAUGGGUACCUGGACGUGUCUGAGCUGCGGGGGGCGCUGGAGGUGGUGGGGCUGAAGCUCCCCCAGUGGCAGGUCCGCAAGAUCCUGACGGAGUACGACACAGAGACGUCGGGGCCUGAUAAGGGCACGCUGUCCUUCAAGGAGUUCAAGCAGAUGGUGCAGAACCUCAAGUCGCAGGACAUCGCCAGCCACUUCAAGAAGAUGGUGAACAAGAGGGAGAACCUCGAGGCCUUUGGGGGCAUGAGUCUUGCUUCUGCUGAGGGCACGACCCACUCCGUACGGCUGGAGGAGCAGCUUGCCUUCAGCGACUGGAUCAACAGCAACCUGGGGCACGACCCUGACCUGGGGCACCUGCUGCCUAUAGGGGGCGAGGGCAAGGAACUCUACGACAGAGUCAAGGACGGCAUCCUGCUGUGCAAGAUGAUGAACUUCUCGUGCCCGGACACCAUCGACGAGCGCGCCAUCAACAAGCGCAACCUGACGCUGUAUACCAAACACGAGAACCUGACGCUGGCCCUCACCUCUGCCCAGGCCAUCGGCUGCAAUGUUGUUAAUAUAGAUGCCCAUGACCUGGCUAAAGGCAAGCCACACCUGGUGCUGGGGCUGCUGUGGCAGAUCAUCCGCAUCGGGCUCUUCAACCAGAUCUCCCUGGAGCACUGCCCCGGCCUGGCGCUCCUCCUGCAGGAGGGGGAGGACCUCAACGAGCUCAUGAAGCUCUCCCCUGAGGCCAUCCUGCUGAGAUGGGUCAACCACCACCUCGAGGCAGCUGGCACCAACAGACGCUGCCACAACUUCACGUCGGACGUGAAGGACUCUGAGAUCUACACGUACCUGCUCAAGCAGAUCGCUCCUGCCGACUCCGGCGUCACCAUGGAGGCCCUCUCGACGCAGGACUACAUGUCGCGGGCGGAGCUGAUGCUGCAGCAGGCAGACAAGCUCGGAUGCCGCAGCUUCCUGACGCCCCAGGACGUGGUCGAGGGCGUCUACAAGCUCAACGUCGCCUUCGUCGCCAACCUCUUCAACAACCAUCCCGCCCUCGACAAGCCUGACGACGUCGACCUGGAGGCCUACGAGCACAUAGAGGAGAGCAGAGAGGAGAAGACGUACAGGAACUGGAUGAACAGCAUGGGUGUUAACCCGCACGUCAACUGGCUGUACAGCGACCUGGCGGACGGCAUCAUCAUCUUCCAGCUCUACGACAUCAUCAGACCGGGCAUCGUCGACUGGAAGCGCGUGCACACAAAGUUCAGCAAGCUCAAGAAAUUCAUGGAGAAGUUGGAGAACUGCAACUACGCCGUGGAGCUGGGGCUCAAGUUGAGGUUCUCCCUCGUGGGCAUCGCGGGGCACGACCUCGCCGACGGCAACCCCACCCUUACCUUGGCGCUCAUCUGGCAGCUGAUGAGGGCCUACACGCUAUCAGUGCUGUCACAGCUCACCGAGCAAGGCUCGCCCGUCAUCGAGAGCGAGAUCAUCAGCUGGGUGAACACCCGCCUGUCCGAGGCCGGCAAGACCUCCUCCAUCAGGAGCUUCCAGGACUCCAGCAUAGCCUCCUCUAAGGCCAUCCUGGACCUCGUAGACGCCAUCAAGCCGGGCACCAUCAACUACGACGUCCUGCGGCCUGACGAGACCGACGAGGACAAGCUGGGUAACGCCAAGUACGCCAUCUCGAUGGCCCGCAAGAUCGGCGCGCGGAUCUACGCGCUGCCUGAGGACAUCACGGAGGUCAAGCCUAAGAUGGUGAUGACGGUGUUUGCCUGCCUCAUGGCCCGGGAUUACCUACCUAACAUGGACUCCAAACAGUGAUGACAAGCCCUGCAAACAUGGCGCCAAACGUCCACACCAAACGUCCAAAUUUCGAAACGUCCACACCAAACGUCAAAACGUCCACACCAAACAUCCAAACCAAACGAUGAAACGUCAAACGUCCACGUCAAACACGGACUGUUAUGAAUGUCAGCAAUGAAAUAUAAUGUCGUAUAUUUCCCGCAUAACGAAAUUUAGCAUAGCCUUCUUUCCUGUAUAGCAUACAGGGCUAUUGUGCACACGAGGCCGCACAGAGCCUCUGUGUACAUUCUAUACGGAGACCUCUUACAUUGUAUACAUACAUUGUCCAUUGUAUACAUGAAUCCUGUGUUAUUGUAUGCAAAGAAUCAGUCCAGUCGCCAGGUAUCCCUUGUAUUUAACACGCCCAUCUUGUAUAGCUAUACAGUUUUAUACGUCGCGUGUAGGCGGCAUUUCUAGUUUUAUACGCAUUAACACGCUUCCCGUGUUGCCACAUCUCCCUUUCAUUCUUUGUUGAUUAUUCUAUUUAUCUCACUUCUUCUCUUCACUUACUGAUCUCAUCUUCCCGCUCUUCCUUUGAAUACUUUCCACUGUAGACCUCCUUUACACCCUCUUUACACCUUCUUUACAUUCCCUUUACACAUUCUUUACAUCCCUCUUUACUUUCCUCUUUACACCCCCUCAUCACCCCGUCUUUCACUAUCCCGUACCUUUUAAACAUUUUAUUCUUUUUAACUUUUCUCUCCUCUCCCUCCUCUCCCCUGAUUCGUUUCGACAACCUGGUACAUCUUGUAUCUGUGGCGACGGUUGUAUCUGCCAAGCCAAGAUUGUAUUUGUACGACUAGUCUUGUGCGACAAUCUAGAAAUUGUCUAGCCAACAAUUGUCGCUUACCAAGUAGUAUCCAUACCUGAAAAUCACAACAAUGUCCAGUUUCUGUUAAUAAUUUUAACCCCCAAGCUUAAUUCAACGUCGAGGUUUCAAUUUAAACUUUUUUAAUGACGUAAAAUCCAAUAAUUUUCUUAGCUCAUACUUCUUGUUUAAUUUGUGCCGAGGUAAUUUUAAUAUUGAAAUUAAAUAGACAUUUUAAAUUUGCGUGUAUGGUUGUUGAAAGACGUUUGAAUUGUAAAGUUUCCAGACUAAUGCGUUAUAGUCGUGAGUUUGUGGGGAGAGUUGGAGUUUUUACUUACUUAUUAUUACUUACUUGCUUAAAGUUUAAGCUCUUUUAUUUUACUGACCAACAUUUAGAUUGUUUUUACUUGCGCUUUAGAAAUGAAUUGUGUUUUGGGCUGUCAAGAUUUGCCUUAUUGCUCCGACCAGCCAAGCAACCUGACGCAGACUUGAUAACUUGUUGACGGCUUGCCAAGCAGGCUGAUGGAGGCUUGCC